AGCUGUUGUUAACUUGUUUUAACUAGUUUUUUUGGUAGUACUAAGUUAACACACAGAGAGAGCGGGAUAUGCUAUAAGUUAAUUGAAAGGAUUAGAUUUGAUGUGAGAGAGGAUUUCGGAAACUUCAAACUGUUUUCUCAGCUUGACAUAAAUUCAAACACAUAGCAACUGAAUAGAGACUCUCUCCUCCCACGUAAAUACACACAGAGAGAGCGAGGUUUGGCUGUCCUCUUCUUCAUGGAGCCAGAAGCCGGAAUUCCGAUUCCUCGGAAUCCCUCCUCGCUUUCAUGGGUGAAUCUCUCCAAGAAUCUAAUAUUAGCUUAUCAAAGCUUUGGUGUAGUAUAUGGAGACCUAAGCACUUCACCUCUGUAUGUUUAUACAAGCAUAUUCAAAGGGAAGUUGCAGACACAUCUAAAUGAGGAUGCCAUAUUUGGUGCAUUUUCCUUAAUAUUCUGGACGCUGACAUUGAUACCAUUGCUCAAGUACGUUUUUAUCGUACUGAGUGCAGAUGAUAAUGGUGAAGGUGGGACGUUUGCUCUUUACUCACUGCUUUGCAGGCAUGCAAAGCUGAGCUUACUUCCCAAUCAACAAGCAGCCGAUGAGGAGCUCUCAGCCUAUAAAUAUGGCCCAUCAUCACAUACUAUAGCAUCUUCCCCACUAAAGAGAUUUUUGGAGAAGUAUAAAAGGCUACGAACAGCCCUUCUAAUUGUGGUAUUAUUUGGUGCUUGCAUGGUCAUAGGUGAUGGAGUGCUUACUCCUGCAAUUUCAGUUCUAUCAGCAGUAUCGGGACUAAAAGUUGCAGAAUCGAAAUUAAAUAAUGGUGAACUCCUCUUGAUUGCCUGUGUAAUAUUGGUGGGCCUGUUUGCUCUGCAGCAUUUUGGCACCCACAGGGUAGCAUUUAUGUUUGCGCCAGUUGUGAUCAUUUGGUUGGUAUCGAUUUUUUCCAUUGGGUUGUACAACACAAUAUCCUGGAACCCAAAGGUCGUACGAGCAUUAUCCCCGUAUUAUAUUAUCAAGUUCUUUAGGGAGACUGGUAAAGAUGGUUGGAUUUCUCUGGGAGGGAUUCUUUUAUCUAUAACUGGUACUGAAGCUAUGUUUGCAGAUCUUGGUCAUUUCACUGCCUUGUCAAUAAGGGUUGCAUUUGCAUUUGUUAUUUACCCCUGUUUGGUAGUGCAAUACAUGGGUCAAGCUGCUUUCUUAUCUCAACAUCUGGACCAAACUCCUAGAAUCUUUUUUGAGUCAAUACCCGAUCCUGUAUACUGGCCUGUCUUUGUUAUUGCCACCCUUGCAGCAAUUGUUGGUAGUCAGGCUGUUAUUACUGCUACUUUCUCCAUCAUCAAACAAUGCCAUGCCCUUGGUUGCUUUCCCCGAGUCAAAGUUGUGCACACCUCAAAACAUAUAUAUGGGCAGAUCUACAUCCCAGAAAUAAACUGGAUACUCAUGAUCCUUACUCUUGCCAUAACUAUUGGAUUUCAGGACACAACCAUGAUUGGAAAUGCUUAUGGACUUGCUUGCAUGACAGUUAUGUUUGUCACAACAUUUCUCAUGGCGCUUGUCAUAAUAUUCGUUUGGCAGAAAAGUGUCUUUCUUGCUGCAGCAUUCCUUUUUUUAUUCUGGUUCAUUGAGGGUGUAUACUUGUCAGCAGCUUUAAUGAAAGUGCCUCAGGGAGGAUGGGUCCCCCUUGUGCUUUCAUUCGUUUUUACGAUUGUUAUGUAUGUCUGGCACUAUGGUACUCGCAAGAAGUACACUUUUGACCUACACAACAAAGUUUCAUUAAAAUGGUUACUCGGCCUGGGCCCUAGUCUUGGUAUUGUCCGUGUGCCUGGGAUAGGCCUCAUAUAUUCUGAAUUGGCAACAGGAGUCCCUGCAAUAUUUUCUCACUUUGUAACAAACCUCCCUGCAUUUCACAACGUAUUAGUUUUUGUUUGUGUAAAAUCAGUUCCUGUUCCUUAUGUCUCACCAGAUGAACGUUUCCUCAUAGGCAGGGUUUGCCCAAGACCAUAUCGUAUGUACAGGUGCAUAGUGAGAUAUGGGUAUAAGGACAUUCAUCGGGAUAUUGGAGACUUUGAGAGCCAGCUCAUACAAAGCAUUGCAGAGUUCAUCCAUAGGGAAGCAGUAGAACCACAGUUCUCGACCUCCGAGAGUUCAUCAUUUGACGGGCGGAUGGCUGUUAUAAGCACCAAAACUUUGCAAUCAAGCUCAAGCCUAAUGGUAUCUGAGCAAGAGGAUGUUGAUGUGGGCAUCUCUAUCCAAAGCAGCAAGUCUCCAACCCUCCAGAGUUUGCGAUUGGUUUAUGAUGAUGAGAACCCGCAAAUCAGGAAGCGCCAUGUCAGGUUUCAGUUACCCUCAAGCCCUGGGAUGGAUCCUGCAGUUCGGGAAGAGCUAAUGGAUUUGAUUCAGGCAAAGGAAGCAGGGGUUGCAUAUAUACUGGGGCACUCAUAUGUAAAGGCCAGGAGAUCUUCCUCGUACUUAAAAAAGAUUGUGAUUGAUAUUGGGUAUUCAUUUCUUCGAAAGAAUUGCAGGGGCCCUGCUGUGGCGCUUAACAUUCCCCACAUUAGUCUUAUUGAAGUUGGCAUGAUAUACUAUGUCUAGUCCUUGGAAGAAAUUUAAUCAAUAUGAUCCUGGUGGUUAUGUAUUUACUAUGGAUGAUAGGGAGGUAGCCAUUGCCUUGAUCUUGGGAGAAGGAAUGUAAGCUUAAUGCAAGUUAUAGGAUCUUAGGUUGCUGGUAUUUCAAUACAAACAUUUCUUGCUUCUGUUGCACCUUCUUCAAUCUGUAUAGCUGAUAUAAAGAGAUAUUGAGUUUUAGCUUUA